AUGUGGAUCACAGCUGUCUUGUUCUACCUGCUCCUGGUGUACCCAAGCUGCUCUGACCUAAUGCACUGGACAUACAAAGAAGGAGAGCUGGAUGAAGAGCACUGGGGAAAGCACUUUGCAGACUGUGCUGGCAAGCGCCAAUCUCCAGUUGACAUCCAGAGGAAGAAAGUGAGGUACAACCCCCAGCUGCUGCAGCUGGAGCUGAGUGGCUACGAUGGGCCUUUGCAGGGGGAUUUCACCAUGACCAACAAUGGUCACUCUGUUCAGAUUGAUUUGCCACCCACCAUGCACAUCUCCCGAGGGCUCCCAGGCCUCUACACAGCUGUACAGAUGCAUCUGCACUGGGGUGGCCUGGACCUGGAGACCAGCGGCUCUGAGCACACCAUAGACGGGAUGAGAUACUUCGCAGAGCUGCACAUUGUCCAUUACAACUCAGCUGACUACUUGAGCUUUGAAGAAGCCAAAGACAAGCCAAAUGGCCUGGCUGUGCUUGCCUUCCUGUACGCGGAUGGACACUUUGAGAAUACCUACUACACUGAAUUCAUUUCCAAACUGGCAAAAAUCAGGUUUGCAGGUCAAUCGACAAAGCUCAUUUCUCUGGACAUCCAAGCCAUGCUGCCAGAAAACCUCUCACACUUCUACAGGUACCAGGGCUCACUGACAACCCCACCUUGCUCUGAGAGUGUGAUCUGGACCAUCUUUCAUUCUCCAAUUCUCCUGUCACACACACAGAUUAGCCUCCUGGAGAACACCUUGCUGGACUGGCAGAACAGGACACUGCGCAACGACUACCGGCACACUCAGCCCCUCCAUGGGCGUGUGGUGGAGGCCUCCUUCAGAGCCAAAGCCACCCAAGAACAAUGCCAUCCAGAAGAAUUCGACCUCAGGCUGGAACAAAUCCAGAUGCAGCUCCAAGACAUGAAGAGAGAGUUGCUGAAUGGAGUGAGCCACGUAGGUAGAAUUUUGUCCCAUGCCUAG